AUGGCGGAAUGUGAAAAGAACAGCGAUGUUAGACAGUCAUUGAGUUCAGAUGCAGAACCUCCUAAAUUAUCAGACUUGCUAGAUCGUGGGUGGAAGAUAUUUGAGGAGGUCGACAGUACAAACGAACCACUUGGAUCUACCAGUAUCCAGAUCAGAGUUAAACGCGGGAUGAGUAUGUUGGAAGAAGCGUCUAGAAUGGUGGCUCAGCUCGAUCUGUUCAGCCGCAAUGAGGAGCUCGAGGAGGUAGCCACGGUAGACCUGAAAUAUCUGCUGCUCCCCGCUCUGUUAGGAGCUCUGACCAUGAAGCAGACAAACCGAGACAAGCGGCUAGAGAUAGUCCAAACAGCCCAGGCGUACUUUAUGGAUUUCUUGAGAAGAUGUAAAGAGUAUAACAUAUCGCGGUUUGAAAUGCCGAAGUCGACGAAUGAAAACACAAGUUCCGACGAAGCAUCAGAAAAUGGAUUCUCUACAGCCACGACUGCCCCCUGCUCGUCAGACCUGAUUUCCAUGGCAGCACAUAGACAAGGUAAGAUUGAGCGGUACCGUCAGAAGAAGGAGCUGGAAACCAGACUGUCGGUUGUUCGGAGAGCUGUGGACAGCGGACAGACCGACGAUGAAGUCAGCAGAGAUUUCUACAUUCUGAAUCUCCAGAGAUGGGUCACUCUUUGUCUGGAGGAAAUAGAAAGCAUUGACCAGGAGAUGGAGAUACUUAAGAAGAUGGAUGGUCUGAAGCAGGGUGCUACGAAGCAGCCAACCCAGCCGGUCAGGCCUCCCAUGAAACCCUUCAUCCUCACCAAGGACGCCGUACAGGCUCAGGUGUUUGGGGCUGGUUACCCAAGCCUUCCCACCAUGACAGUAGAUGACUGGUAUGAACAGCACAGGAAACAUGGAGCCUUGCCUGACCAGGGGUUACCGAGGAAGAUUGCCAUGGAAGAGGACACUGAGGCAAAUGAAAGGGAAGAAGAAGAAAAAGAAAAACAGGCUGAAAAUAAUGAUGAGUCUCUACUGAGAGCCAGAAACUGGGAUGAAUGGAAAGACACUCAUCGCAAAGGUUAUGGAAACCGCCAUAACAUGGGAUAACAGAUCCCAACAUAGUGUGUCCAAACAUACCUGGCUCUGUCUUCAUUUCAAUUCUAAUCAGUCCUGGAAGUGGACGUUCUUCAUAAUUCCGAUCCUUAAAACCAUUGUUAUUUGAAGGUCACCACACCAAGAAACACCACAGCAUCACUAACGCACCUGUUGAGUUAAUUGUUUGGUUUUUCUGCAGAUAGACACUACAGCUGAUUACAUUUUCUGUUGUCAGUCAUUUACAAGGUGGGACUCAACAAUCCUCUGGAAGCACAACCAUGUUUUUGACUGAGCUUCAGUAAAAUUCUACAAUUGGCAUCAUGGCUGGGCUCUAUUCAGUGUGUCUGCUCUCUAGUGUGUGUGUGUACCCCUAACACUGUCAUUUGAAAAUAAAUAGAAUGAUAAACAAUAAGUCCAGAAUAUCUGUUCACAGAGAUGGUAAGAAUCUGUGUAGUCAAUAACAGUAGCAGGAUGUGUGUGUUCUGUUCUGAGACGCCUACAUUCUCAUGAGGCCAAGGAAUGACUCUAUGAUUAAUGAUUUUUCUUAGAGGAAACAUUUAAAGUCACAUGUGACAUGGAAGUUAGAGCAUCUUUACCUUCAGUUAUGUAACAUCUGUCAGAAUGAAGGCGAAUAUGUUGCCGGGUUUACUUACAAUAAGAAUUUGAAUCCUACAGAUGUGAUUGGAUUGUUCAAAUGUGGGUGUGGUUAAGGGAAUAAAGCGGGGGACUAUUGCGCACGACACAUACCCUCCUCACUGUUGUUGUAGAUCAGGAGGAGGAUCAUAUGGGUACAAUAGAGGAAAACAACCACAACCAAGCAUUCUUUGGAAAUGUUAAGAGAGGUUCUAUAUGGUCAGGUAAGGGGGUUGUCUUCAUGAGUAAUCCAAAUACAACAUUUUCCUUCACAGUUAGCUAGUCACCCCAAAUCACAUUUGAUUAGAUAAAAUUAUGUCAUUGAUCCUGACCUCCAUGAUGAUUAUCAAAACAAUUUCUACAUUUACAAGAAAAGAGCACAUGGAUUUUGAUACAGAAAGUGGUCAAAUAAAUCUUUAUUUUUUUUUUUUUACACGCAUUUAGCAUGUGACAUGAGAUACAAUGACUCAGGUUUAGAACUUGGACACUAUUUUCAUGUCACUAAGUUUCAAUCGGAGAAGAGUGAUACGUCAAUAGUGCAGUUAACAUUAAAUUGUUGUCUUGGGAAAGUCUAACACGUGUCAUUAUUUCA